CCAUGAUGGCGACGUAAACAUGAAAAUUCCUAACUUUCAACAUAAAAUUUCCAAUUAAUUUCACUAUUACUUCAAAUUUCUAUGAGUACAAGUAAUAAUGACUAGCAGAGGUGUCUUAGGGUUACGUUUUAACCAAGAUCAAGGAUGUUUCACAUGUGCCAUGGAGACAGGAUUCAGGAUAUUCAAUGUGGAUCCCCUUGCUCAAAAGCUUCAUCUUGGUUUUGAGACAGUUGGCAGUGUUGCACAAGCUGAGAUGUUACACCGAACGAACAUGGUGGCAGUUCUAGGAGGAGGGUCAAUGCCAAAGUUUGCAGAAAACACAGUGCUAAUUUGGGACGACGCGCAAAAAGAUCCUGCAAAGAAGUUUGUGUUGGAGUUUACCUUCCUUCAGCCUGUGAUGUCGGUGCGGGUGAGACGUGAUCGCCUCGUUGUGGUGCUACGCAAUCAGGUUCACAUAUUCAGCUUCCCCAAUAAUCCACAGAGGCUGUCUACCCUGGAUACAAGAGAUAACCCAAAAGGCCUGUGUGAAAUCAGCCCCUCGAUAGAAAGACAGAUGCUGGCAUUUCCUGGGCACAAGUGUGGCAGUAUACAGCUUGUGGACCUCAAUGAUACAGAAGAAGGUGCGUCAACGUGUCCCGUUAUCAUAAAUGCCCACCAGGGGGAACUGGCAUGCAUAGCAAUGAAUCAGCAAGGAACCAGGAUUGCUACAGCAUCUGCCAAGGGUACCUUGAUCAGGGUGUUCGACACUCUAGAAAAGAAACAAAUAGCUGAAUUUAGAAGAGGGGCAGACCCAGCCACAUUAUACUGCCUCAACUUCAGUUUAGACUCGGCAUACUUGUGUUCAUCGAGUGACAAGGGCACAGUCCACAUCUUUGCUGUUAAAGACACAAAGUUGAAUAAGAGAUCUACGUUCAAGACGAUGGGUUUCCUUGGCCAGUACGUCGAGUCCCAGUGGGGAUUAGCCCAGUUCACGGUGCCUGCUGAAUGUGCUUGUAUUUGUGCUUUUGGACCAAACCAGUCUGUUGUUGCGAUCUGUGUGGAUGGCACCUUCCACAAGUACAAGUUCACACCUGAAGGUAACUGCAACCGGGAGGCUUAUGAUGUAUACCUGGAUGUGGAUGAUGACAUGGAGUUCUGAACCACUUCACCCUCAGCUCCUUGUGAAUGACUGCAUACAAUAAGUUAUGUGCAAUGUAAGAAAUAUGUUUGUCUGUCGGGAGACAAGGUUGUAAUUAAGUGGAUAGAAUUUGAUGCCAUUUCAGUCAGAUGGGUUGGCCACAAGUGGAUAAUUUGUGAAAAACAUUUCAAGAUACAGUAAUCAUCAUUGGUUACUUCUAGCCUUGAAAGAUGAACUGUAACAGUUGGGCUGUCAUCAUCAGCGUGAAUGCCGAUGCGGUGCUUGUGAACCGAAUGAGGGUAGUAUCGUCCUGUGAUUUAUUAGCUUUAGAUGUGUCUCACAUUCUGUAAAUAAGAUUGUACAUAUUGUAAAGCUCUAGUCUAUACUCUGUGUAAAUACAUUAUAAAUGAAGAAUAACAAUAUGUCUGAA